UGUCCUGUCAUGUGGUCGUGUCUUGAAGCUGCUGAGGGUAUUUAAGAGUUGGUGCACGCUGGUAUCUUCAGUCCGAUGCCGAUGAUCAAACUGGCCACGUUACAGUGUAGCUCUAUCCGUCCUUCAGUGAGUGUAUAUAGUUUAUUCUCCGUGUGCUCUCCUCGAUUAUAUUUGUUGAGUCAGAUGUGUAUAUACAUGUAUGCAUACCAAGUGGGUGGUGUUGGUGGAGAUUGGGAGUGAGCUAUCAGGGUUACGACCCCGCUUAUGACUGAUCAAAAAAGGAGGAGUCUGAGCAAACUGCGCAUCCUGAUUGGCUGACAGAGGCCCUCCUUCCUCUCUUUUAAAAGCUUCCUGUCUUACCUGAGUCACAAAAGGGCCAGAGCACCUCACCCAUCCACUCGUCUCUCUUCUGUCUGUUUUUCUUCAAAUCUAUUCAUUCAAAAAGGGAGGACAAACAAGGAACCUUCCUAGAACUGCUUUAAGAAACCUUUCAGACUUUUCUCAACGGUAACAAGAUAUAGCUGAGGUGAUUGACAAGGUUCUUGUAUCCUGUGCCAGUGAAGUCUAAACCCUGAAAAUCCUAGAAAGGUACAUUUCUCUGCCUCUGGUCCUGCUCUCUGUACCACUAUGCCGGGAAUUGUGGAACGCAUGGAACUGAGGAAAGUCUCCACAGUGGCUGACGACGACAGCCUUGAUGAACAACUCACAGAGCCCACCGACUGUGAGAAGGCCACCAUGAGCAGUCAGUAUAAUGUGGAUGAUAAUGACGAUGGAGAAAGCAAUGUGUUCCUGACAAAUGGGAUACCAAAGAGGCAGAAUCAAUUUAUGGAUGAUAAUGAAGACGGAGAAGGACAAAGCCAAUUUAAUGGGGAUGAUAAUGACGAUGGAGAGAGCCACAGGUUUCUGUCAAACGGUAUACCAAAGAAGAAGACAUAUGAAGAAGAAUAUCAUCCUGGCCACGCCUCAUUCGGCAUGUCCGUCUUCAACUUGAGCAACGCCAUUAUGGGCAGCGGCAUCCUGGGCCUGUCCUUUGCCAUGGCAAACACUGGCAUCAUUCUCUUUACAGUCCUCCUCAUCGCUAUAGCCAUUCUCUCCUUAUACUCUGUACACCUGCUCCUUGUGACUGCUAAGGAAGGAGGAUCCCUCAUCUAUGAGAAGCUUGGAGAGAGGGCAUUUGGCUGGCCCGGAAAAAUGGCUGCAUUUGGAUCAAUAAUCAUGCAGAACAUUGGAGCGAUGUCCAGCUACCUCUUUAUAGUGAAGUAUGAGUUGCCAGAAGUGAUCCGCGCAUUCCUGCACUUAGAAGAAAACUCUGGUGAAUGGUACCUAAAUGGAAAUUACCUGGUGCUGUUUGUGUCCGUCGGAAUCAUUCUGCCUUUAUCCCUCCUCAAAAAUCUGGGCUACCUGGGCUACACCAGUGGUUUUUCCCUCUCUUGCAUGGUUUUCUUCCUAGGUGUGAUAAUAUACAAAAAAACCCAGCUACCCUGCCCUCUGCCUUUCCUCCAUGGCCACUCAUCCAAUCUCAGCAUAAAUGGCUCGGACAUGCCAGGGCUCUACGCCUUGCAAAACAAGUCUAUACAGAUGGAUUUCUCCCACGCUGACAUUUCCCCAGCAAUCAUUGGCAGCCACGAUACCCAGCACUCCACGGGAAUACACUCUGAACCUCACUCAGACGUUGAGGAGAUGUGCACGCCGAAAUACUUUGUCUUCAACUCACAGACUGCGUACACUGUUCCCAUCCUGGCCUUUGCUUUCGUCUGCCAUCCUGAGGUGCUGCCUAUCUAUAGCGAGCUUAAAGAUCGGAGCCGGAAGAAAAUGCAGAAUGUCUCUAACCUGUCCAUCCUGGCGAUGCUCAUCAUGUACAUGCUGUCGGCACUUUUUGGCUACCUCACCUUUUAUGACAACGUGGAGGCAGAGUUGCUGCACACUUUCACUAAAGUGUACAAGUUUGACACGAUGCUGCUGCUGGUGCGUUUGGCUGUCCUCACUGCCGUCACUCUUACUGUCCCCAUCGUGCUUUUCCCUAUCCGUUCGUCCAUCACCACGUUACUGUUCAGCGGGCGAGAGUUCAGCUGGACUCGCCACUUGCUGAUUGCCGCCUUCAUCCUGGCCUUUAACAACGUCCUGGUCAUCUGUGUCCCCACCAUCCGGGACAUCUUUGGCUUCAUCGGCGCCUCUGCAGCAACAAUGCUCAUCUUCAUCCUACCCGCUGCCUUUUACCUGCGCCUGGUAAAGUCGCUGCCGUUGCGCUCCCCACAGAAGAUUGGGGCAGCCAUCUUCCUGGUCAUGGGAGUCAUCUUCAUGAUUGGCAGCUUGACGCUUAUCGUUCUUGACUGGAUCCACAACCCCCCAGGCUCUGGGGGACACCAUUAAAACACUUUUCUACCGUCUUCAGUUUCCCAUUUAGAAGUGCAGCCACUUCCUUGACUGCCCCACAGCAAAUCACUUGUUUUCCGUACCCACUGGUUUCCUUCAUUUCAUCAAAUCGUUAUAGAACCUCAGGCUAUAGACAUGAGUGCAGCACUGGGUUAAGACAUCUUCAGUAUCCUCCCAGAAAGUCCCACUGGAGGGGAUCCUUUUAGCUUAGUUUGUAUUUUUUUUUCUUUUUUCUUUUUUUGGAUGUGAAACGACACAAAUGAAAGAAUCACAACAAGGGGUACCGGUCUCUGGUUUAAAAUGCCAACAUGCCACCGAGACAGCUUUAGAUCGUCACCAUCAUCUUGAUGAUCAUUCUUUUCCAGCUAAGAAGAAACAACAAUGAACAGAUACUCUGCAGCCUGUACUUGAAGCUGGAAGGGCUGGAACGAUCAUGUAGGUCCAUCAGUCCUCUGUGAACUUUAAGGAGUCUUUUGGAGUGUGCCAUCAUCCAUGGAAAAAGGAGCACAUCUAGCAUUGUGUUCAGUAGUAGCUGUGUAAGAAGCCAUUACUAUAAUUAUUACUACUAUUUCCUAAAAUUCCUGCGGUCGAUUAAGCAUUCAUCUCUUCUCAAAAUGACGGUUGAUGAGCAAUUUAAUUCCAUUUUUUAUUUGGGAAAUUCAACAUCGAUUUGCUGCUGUGUUACGUAUUAACAACCAGAAGCUUUGCCAAAGUUGGCAUGCACAAACAAUUUUCUUUAGUAGAGUUAUGCUAGAUAUUUUCAGCUCCAAAAAGACAAGGAUCUUCCUUGCUGGUCUUUUUUCAUUUCGGCUGUGCACACAAGAUUAAGUGGGUGCUUUCAGUAUUACUGUUCACAGAUGGAUCUAAAUAUGCAAGAUACGAAUGUACAUAAUUAAGUGUAUCUACUGACAAAAUGGUUGUUGUAUAUAAUAUCUUACUUGGCCUCUUAAGGCUGUUUCCCAUUCAGCUGGAUGAUCAUUUCCAACUAGCAGUAUACAUAUACCUGCUGGAAUCAUUAUUAAGGCACAUACAGUAGAACUCAUGAGAUAAACAUUGAAUUGUUUUUUUUUUAAAUAAGUAAUUAUAUGGGGAAAAAAUAAGUAUGCAUUUUAGACAAUUUUUAAAAAAGAUCAGCUAAAAAAGAUACAUAUGAAUAGGUUGACCUAAAUAUUACAAUUAUUUUAACUCGUGCCAUAUUAUGCUCAAGAAGAACUUUAUUCGAAUGUACGUCCUUUGUUUUUGUUUUUUUGCAUAAUUAUAUGCUAUUUAGUUUGAAGUAAUUGUUUGACACUUUGUAAAAGUUUAUGAGUUAGAUGCGAAGAUUGAUAACAAUCUCAUGUAGGCACGUUAAGUAGGAAGUUAACCUUUUACUGUCAGGCCUGUAGGGAUUGAAACGCUCCAUUAAAGUGUGAUGCAAUGCUUAAACAUUUACGGAUAUAUAGAAAUUAAUUUAAGGAAAUAUAAUAUUUCAGUUAUUAAGCUUUAGAGGCUGUGGUAGGCAAAUUUUAACUUUACGCCAAACCAUGCUAGCUAGUCAGUCAAUAUGCUAGCGAGGGCUAACAAGUCUCCAGGUUCCUUUGUUUUUACUUGGCAUAUAAACGAGAUUGUUAUCAAUCUUCACGUGUAAGUCUUGACAAUUAAGUGAAAAUGUUCCCUUCACACACAAAAUAUCAAAGAGCAGUAAUUUUUAGAAGUAAGGGUGCGGUAAAUAAUAACUAACAAAGAAUGCUUCAAUACCUAGAUGACCAUGCUAAAGGUGUCAGCCAUUUUUAAGUAUGUUGUGAAGGGUGUCUACCAAGAUCCCAAGUUGCAACUCCAGAUGUUUUACCUCAACAUCUAAAGCUAAACAUUUGGAUAUCCCCUAGCAAUAUAUUUUUUUAUAUAUAUAUAAUUCUUGAUGUUUUUUUUUAUUUAAAAGAAUAAUAUACAACCAGUAAUCGUAUUCAUUAUUUUAUUGUGCCUUCUGAAUUCUUGGUAUUGUAAUUGGCUUUUGAAACAGGUGCCUUAAAUGUAACAGUGAAUGGCGGCAUCACAACCUCAGACUUGUUCCGUUUCACCGCUUCUCCCGUGCCAUUGCGAGUCACACGCAGCCAAAGUGGACAGCAUUUAUAGAUCCUUUGUGGAUCUACGUACAUAAAAACAAAUAGAUAUUUCAAAUGAAAUAGUAUAUAAUGUGCAUGUUUUUGGCCUACAAACAUGGUCUUUUUGAACAAUUGUAUAUGCUCUGUAAAUAAUCUUUAUUUUAUGGUACACUGACACUCAUUGCUUGUGAGCGGGUUGAUGGAUGAAUUCUACUUGACUUCUUCUGCAAUCCGUGUUUGUUUUAGUUUCUAAGUAUGUAUUAGACCUUUUUUUUCUCUUGCUGUCAGACAGUAGUUUGUUCUGGGUUUUUUUGGUCCUAUAUUUGAAGCUUGUAUAUUUGUAGAAAAGUUGUUCGCUAUAUAUCUGUUUUCAUAUUUUAACAUUAACCUGUCGUCACAAUGCAUUAACUCAACAGCCUACUUCCCAACACGGUUUUCCCAGGAGUCUCAGAAAUAAGGCAACUGGGUUUAUGUCACUAGCUGACCGUCACUGGGUUGAAUUUUAAAGCCACGAUUAAGCCGUGUUGAUAUUAAACAUGUAAUUUAACACUCAACAAAAUUAGGACGAGACAAGUAUUUUAUGACCACACUACAGGAAGUUUCUUACAAGACACGUUAGUCAUCUGUUACAAGACCAAGUGGUUCUUUUGCUAUUGCACUGUGCAAUGCAGUGUAGCCAUCACUUAAACUAACAUGUACUGUAAGCGUAUAUCUUUAUGCAUAAGAAUCUUCCACGUUCACCAGCUCAAAGCUUUACCAGGACAAUCAUACACCAUUGCUGGAUGUAUGUCAGUGGCUUGUGACGCAUUGGUGUCAUAGACAUCUUUAAAAAGCCCAGUUUUUGGUCAGGUUUUAUUUGCAAGGCAUUACUUGAAUAUUUUUACAGCCUGAUAAAGUCACCAAGCUUCUCGACUAAAGGGUCACUUGACCCGUGCAGUACUCACUAUCAAUAUUCAAUAAUAGGUGUUUGAAAAUCUGCCUCACUCUCUCCUCUGGGUCUGUUACUAAUGUAAGAGUUUUUCUCAGUUCCUCAGGAUGAGUUUUGUCUUUUCAAGCAGCUCAUCCAAUAAAAAGAAGAGACAGCAGUUUUUUAUCAGAAAGCUCUUUCAACCUACUUUAGUAUCUCAGGUAUUCAGUCUGGCUGAACUUUUCUUCUCACUUUCGGAUAGACUCGUAUCAUAUCUCUUUUCCUUUUUUGUGUGAUCGAGCCAAGCUGUACAAUGCCGUGCUGGUCUAAAUGACAAGUCUUCUCAUGGAUUUGUAAAACAGACAAGUCCCCAGAAUGUGUUUCGAAAGAAGGUGUAGAAAAACCACCUGCCUUAUUUUUCUAUGGAGCCUCAGCCGUGUAGAAGCACUGGCUUAAUGUUUCUGCUGUUCACAGUGUUCCUAUGGAUCAGAUUGAACAUUCAGAUUUGUAAUUUUACCUAAACAAAGGGGAUUUUUUUUUCCUUUUUUUUUGUAUCGGUGAUGCUGUUUCAUUAUGAUGAACAAUAAAAAUGUGAAAUAAAAA